AAGGAAAGUGAAACCCUAGAAACCAACGAUCCGAUUAACCCACGCGUACCGGCGAUACGCGGUACCACAUCGAAAUUUAAAAUCUGUAGUCCCCCAAAUAACCAUUUCCCAAACUCGAUUUUUCGUGAAAAGCACAAGACAAAAACACAAACACAACAUCUCCAUUUUCUCUUUUCAGUUUCCGGCAGCGAAAGCAGCAGCUAUGGGGGGUUCUCAAAGCCGCGAAGGCCUUCAACUCUCCGAUUCCGAAGAAGAAGGAGAAGAAGAGCAAGAAAGGGAAAACCCAACUGACGAAGAAGACUACAACGGCGACGAAUCCAAAAGAGGGAAAAACCAGCAACACCAGCAAUCUCUGGACGAGGUCGACGCCCGCCUCAAAUCCCUCAAGCUCAAAUACUCUUCGUCUUCCUCCUCCCAAAACGCUAACCUAAAAAAUAACUCCUCCAUCAAGCUCUACCUCCAUGUCGGCGGCAACACGCCCAACGCCAAGUGGAUCGUCUCCGACAAGCUUACCUCCUACGCCUUUGUAAAAUCCGAUGGCGACGAUCUUUCCGGCUCGGACUCCGAUUCGGAAGCCAACCCCAAAACCUCUAUCUGGGUCCUUAAGAUUGGAUCCAAAGUCCGUGCCCCUGUCCAAACGUCCAUGCAACUCAAGAUGUUCCCCGACCAGCGCCGCGUCGACUUUGUGGCCCAUGGCGUCUGGGCCGUCAAAUUCUUCUCCGACGAUGACUAUCGCAGGUUUGUUGCCAAUUACCAGAAUUGCCUCUUCGAGAAUCUUUAUAAUGUGGAAGCGACGGUUGAGAACAAGGUGAAGAUUUAUGGGAAGGAUUUCAUGGGGUGGGCCAACCCGGAAUCAGCUGAUGAUUCGAUCUGGGAAGAUGCUGAGGAUGGCUUCGUGAAGAGCCCGGGCCCUGUGACGCCUGCAAGAGAGAGGCAGGACUUGUUGGAGGAGUUUGAGGAGGCGGUUAAUACCGGAGGGAUUCAGAGUCUGGCGUUGGGUGCAUUGGAUAACAGCUUCCUUGUUGGUGAUUCGGGUAUUCAGGUUGUCAAGAAUUUCAGUCAUGGGAUUCAUGGGAAAGGUGCCUACGUGAAGUUCAAUGGUGGGAGCAGGGGAGGGAGUUCUGCUCUUGGGCAUUUGACCCCGAAGAAAGCGCUUUUGAUGAGGGGUGAGACGAACAUGCUUCUGAUGAGCCCGGUGAAUGUGGGAAAGCCCCAUUCAACGGGGCUCCACCAGCUUGAUAUUGAGACGGGCAAGGUAGUCACUGAGUGGAAAUUCGAAAAGGAUGGGGCUGACGUCUCCAUGCGGGACAUCACAAACGAUACCAAAGGUUCACAAUUGGAUCCUUCGGAGUCGACAUUCUUGGGUUUGGAUGAUAACAGGCUGUGCCAGUGGGACAUGCGUGACCGGAAAGGUAUGGUUCAGAAGCUGGCUGGUGCAGACACACCGGUUCUGCAUUGGACGCAAGGGCAUCAGUUCUCUAGAGGGACAAAUUUCCAGUGCUUUGCAACAACGGGUGACGGGUCAAUCGUUGUUGGGUCAAUUGAUGGGAAGAUACGGCUGUAUUCGAAGACUUCAAUGAGGCAGGCAAAGACGGCAUUUCCAGGGCUUGGUUCACCGAUUACCCAUGUCGAUGUCACUUAUGAUGGGAAAUGGAUAUUGGGCACAACGGAUACAUACCUGAUCCUCAUAUGCACUCUAUUCACGGAUAAAGAUGGCAAGACUAAGACUGGGUUUAGCGGUCGGAUGGGGAAUAGGAUUGCAGCUCCAAGGCUGUUGAAGCUCACUCCUUUGGAUUCGCAUCUGGCCGGGGUAAACAAUAAGUUCCAUGGAGGACAGUUCUCAUGGGUUACUGAAAACGGAAAGCAGGAACGCCAUCUUGUAGCAACUGUUGGCAAGUUCAGCAUCAUUUGGAAUUUCCAGCAAGUGAAGAACAGCGGCCACGAGUGUUACCGGAAUCAAGACGGCCUAAAGAGCUGCUACUGCUACAAGAUUGUACUCAAGGAUGAAUCGAUUGUUGACAGCCGCUUCAUGCAUGAGAAGUUCGCAGUCAGUGAUUCUCCGGAGGCUCCGCUCGUGGUUGCGACGCCGAUGAAAGUCAGCUCUUUCAGUAUAUCGGGUAGGCGGUGACAUCAUGCUUCCCUCAACUUAUCCUGAUUCCUGAUGAUACAUAUUUAGGAUAGCUAAGUGAUCCAUUUGGAUAGUAUUGUAGAUUGUCCUUCAUAUUUUCCAAGUCCUGUUUAUGGUAUUUGUGACCUUAA